UAAUAAAAAUGCUCUUUUUCAGAUCCUGAUCCCACUACUACAGUAAAUUUCUCGAUCAGUGAAGAUGGAAAAAUUCUUCGGGAUGAUCAGAAUAAAAACAAAUUAUUAAAUGGUUCAAUAAAAUUGAUCCAGCCAGUCUACUCGAAACCAGUUCCUAAAAUCAGCACAAUGAAGAGAAAUGAGAAUGCAGAAGAAAUAUCAAAAAGUUCUGAGAAAAAUGACAAGUUAAUGCAUCUUGUGGUAACAGAGGACUUAAGUGGAGGCCAGUCAUUAUCUACAUCUACAUACUGUGGGAAAGGUUCAAGAAAGAAAACAAAAUUUGAAAAUGGGUCUAUUGAAGUGGUUGACGUUCAGUACAAUCUAGUAAAAACCAAAGAUGGCUCUGCUGUAGUUGAAAAUAACUGUAAUAUGAUAUUACAUAUUGAUGAGAAUUCUCUAUCGGGUGAAAAUUCUGAGGAAUCUUGUUUUGUUGUUGCAGUUGAAGGUAAUAUCACUCAUAAUUUCAAAAAUGAAAAAUGGCAAGCAGAAAAGUGUUCAAAAGAAUUAAACAAAUCUAUUGUAAUGUUUGAUGAUGUAGAACUAAAUAAAACCCAUAACCCUGACAUACAAGAUUUUACCUCUGUGGAUUGUUCAAAUUUAAAAAAUUCAACUCAUAAAGAGUUAGUUGUAAAUGGUAUGGGUAAUGAUCAUGAAUUAAAUACUGUGAUAAAAAAACAUGAGCACACUUCAGGAGUCCAGGGACUAUUUGAAGAAGUUGAGUGUUUAAAACCAAGUGUUAAUAAAGACAUGAAGUCAGAUAUUAUUUGUGAUGUAAAAGCUACCUCCAUUAAAGAAACGAUCGUGAAAGUGGAAAAGCCAUCUAAGAGUGAUAAUAUUAGUAUCAUUAAGAUAGACAAACCAAAGGAUUGUUCUUCAAAUACUAAUAAUUCUACUGCUUCAAAUAUAGUUGAGGGUGUAAUUAUUCCUGAUUCGCCUAACCAUUCCAAAACUUUCAGUAAAAUUGUGACCUGUCCAGAUAUUAAAAGUGUUGACAAUCAAAACAAUUCAAAAUCUACUGUGAAUACCCAUUAUAAAAACAAUAUAUUAAUUACCAAAGAAUGCAGGCCAGACCGAAAUGAGGCAUCCAGUUUAGUUAAAGAACUAGCAAAGGUUUCAUUUUUGUAUCAAGGGAAAUUGGUAAGAAGAUCAUCAGAGAGUAGUUCUUCUGUAAUGGAUGAAUCUACCGAUGAUGUCAAAGAAUAUGAUGUUGACACAAUCAGAACUGAAUCUAAUGCAAAUUCUACACAAUCAUUAAAACAGUCUGAACCAAGAGAAACUAAUAAUUCAAAUCUUAGUAAUAACAUUGGUAAUAGUAGCAGUAAAAUGAACACUGCGCAUGACCAUCUUGUGGUAAAUGACAAAAUUGUAAUCAGUAAAACUAACAAUAAUGUUAUCUCUGAUGAAGAAUCAGGCAAAGGCACAUCAGAUGUCAGUAGACGGUCAAGCUCAGACUUUUUAAACGACAGUUCUGAAGAUGGGGAAGAUUUUCUAGGUACAGAUGAAGAGAUUGAUAUGAAAGAUCAAUUGUUUAUUGGAUUUAAUGAAGUGACCGAAAAACUGCAGUCCCGCAGACGAAGUUUUCAUCAAUUUCUUAAUAGACUCAGUGAAAGUGAAAGUGAAGAGUGGUAUAUAAGUGCUGGAAAUUUAUCCAUGAAUUUUCAGAAGGUAGAACGUAUCUCAUCCGAUAAACUGCUCUCAAAACAUCAUGUACAUCAUAAUGGAGAAACAGAUAAGACAAAAACAGCAAAUAAGACAACUACAAAUUUCUCUUCUAACAAACUUGAAAGGAAACUUAACUGUGAAUUAAAUUACUGCAUGGUAGAUCAGGAUAAUGCAACCUCUACACAUAAAAUUCAGAGCCAUUUAAACAAUAGAUCUCUUAAAAACAGCAAUCUAUCAGUGUCUCACAAUAGUUCAAAUAAAAAGGUUUCAAGUGAAAUUAUGUUAUACAAUAAAGAAAAGAAUCUGACUCGGGAGAAAGUAAACAAACAAUCUAAUAAUAUUGAAUGUAUCAAAACAGAAUUGAAUAGUGAAGGUAAUAAUAAUCAAUCAUUACUUAAUGAGAAACAUCAAUUAGGUAGCGAAACUAAAGAACACAUGGAGGAAAAAUCCAAGUCUGGCUCAAAAUAUGAAAUAGUAAAUUCUCAACUAAAAGAAAGAAAAUCUCCACAAAAACAUAACUUCCUCAGGAUCAGAAAUAAUUGUGAUAAUACUAAUCAAAAUAAAAAACAUAUAGAUAAAAAUUGUUCACCACUUUCAGGUUUGAUCAUGAAUAAUAUCAGUGAAAGAUCAAACCUUGAUCGUUCUGAAUUGUCAGCAUCCUUGCUCUUAAACAACACCAACUCAUCUGAACCCAGCCAUGUGACUACUGAAGUUCCAAAGAAUGGGGAUAACAGUGUAUGGAAAUGUCAAUCAGAUGGUUCAGAUAACAGGUCAAAAAUUAAGGAUCACUUUGAUGCCCGUGAAGAUCAAUCAUGUAAUCGAAGCUCAGAUCAGAAUCCAAACCAUAAUCUAAAUCAUUCUUUAAAAAAUAAUACAAAUUGUUCAAUUGGCAGUAAUAUAGUAAAUCAUUUAAAAAAAGAAAGUAAUACACAAACAAUUGAACCAAAAGCUAAUGAUGAAAAAGUGCAAGAUGAAAUCCAACGAAUCCCAUUUCCAUCUACUCCAGAAAUGGAGCUUAGUAAUAGUGAAAUAAAGUUAUCACAGGAAGUAUUGGUUAAGGAAGAUAAAUCAAAAACAGGAAAAGACUCACAAUUAUUCCUUGUGAAAAAUUAUGUCAGAUCUAAAAAAGAAAUAUCAGUUACAGCUAUAAAUGCCAGUGAAAGAGAUAAGAUAAAUAAUAUUGUAUCUUCAACUCCUAAAAAAAGAGGUAGAAAACCAAAGAUACAAGAUGUUUUUGAGGAAUGCUCAGUUCUAGAAAGUGGCAAGUCAGUUCUUGAAAAUCCAAGUUUUGAAGAAAAUAAAUCUCCUUACUUUGAAAAUAUGAAAACAAAAAUCUCUACAGAAAAAAAUAAAAACGAGAGUGUAACUGGUGGCACAAAUGAAGAGGAUAGUUCAGCCUUAGAAACAAUCAAAUUUUUGUUCAAGGGUCAAGGUAGUGAAGAAAAUAAACCUCUUUUAAGUAAAGGAGGAAAAGUUGAAGCAGGCAUAAAAUCCAGUCAUGAAGAAAAUGUAAUCGAUGAAAAUUGUAUGGAUGGAAAUGCUAUAAAUAAAGAAAACAUAAGAAAUGUAUCUGUAUCUCCUAAAAAAAGAGGAAGACCACCUAAGGCAAAAAAUCAUAUAGUAGAACAUUCCUUUACUGGAGCUAAUGAUAAUUCAAUGCAUGAAAAUUUAAUGGUUGUGGAAGAACCACAUCCGUUGCCUAAAAAAAGAGGAAGAAAACCAAAGCUAAAAUGUGAAGAGGGUUCAUUACUUGAAACGAAUCUAAACCCUAUUUAUAAAAAUGCGAUAAAUGAAGAAGAAAGCUUGAUACUGCCAAAAAGAAGAGGCAGGAAACCAAAGGCAAAGCACUUUGUAGAGGAUGUAGUUGCAGGAAAAAAGCCUACUGGAGAGAAUUCAGUCCAUGAAGAACUCCAAAAAGAAGUUACCUGCAGUGAUCUUGAAUACUCCAUAAAUAUAAAACGGGACUGCAAAUUCUCAAAGGAUACAUCAGAAGUUUGUGAACUUAAUUUAGUUUCUUCCCAUAAAAAAAGAGGCCGACCUCCUAAGAAUAAAUUUCCUAACAAUAUUAAUACUUCCAAACAAGAAGAAAACUUUAUAACAGAAGACACUAACAAAGAAAGCUCUAUCUUAAAAAAAUACAAUGAAGAAGAAAUGUUACUUUCCAUUUAUAGUGAAGAAGCAGAUAUGCUUUUAAGGGAUGGAUCUUUGCAAAGAAUAAAUGUAGAUGAAGGAGAAACCUUAAAUUCGAAUAUUCAGACAAUUAAUGUACUUCCAAAUGUAGUAAAGAGGAAAAGAGGUAGACCUCCAAAAUCACAAACUACUUGUGUUCCUCUAGAACAUUUAGAAAAUUUGAAUGAAAGUUUAAAUAACACCAUUUUGGAAAGUCGUGACAGGGAAAGUGAUGUUUUGUUGCCAAAGAAAAGAGGAAGGCCACCCAAAAAAAGAUUGGUCCCUCAUGAGCCUAUGAUACCUGAGCUAGAACAAGUAGAAAGUCUACCAUUAUCUGACAGAUUCAAGAUCACUGAAAAGAGUGAUCUUAAGAAAAGGAAAAGAAAGGCUGAAGGAAACCUCAGUGAUCCUGGGACUGAACUUUUAGACACUGAUGUAAUAUUUAUUAACAGAGAAAAAUUAACAGAUAGUUUACACUCAAAAUUUGAAAAAAGAAGAGGCAGACCCAAAAAAAACUCACAAAAGGCUACUGACAAGUCCUUUACAACAAAUGACUUUGAAGAGAUAAAUUCUGACUCUGAUACAAGUGAAGAAAUAUGGCAUGAAAGUGAAGAUACAGACUUUGAGGACAUACCUAAAAAGAAGAAGAGAAAAGGGAAAGCUUUUUUUAAGUACAUCAAACAGGAUGAUGAUGAAGAUAAUAGCGACAAAGAACAAACGAAAGAAAGAGGCAUCAAAAAACAAACAGGCAAUAGGAAACCAUCAGAAGAACAAAUCUUUUUUGCCAAACACAGCAAUAAUGACAUGGUGGUGUGUGGUGUAUGCAAGAAGGAAAUGAACUACAAAACCUACAAAACUCAUCACUCUGUAUUCACACAUUACGCACUCUGUUGGUUGGAGGGGGAAGAGAAACCUGUUGAUAUGACUGAUGACAAGGAGGUAGUAAACCGGCUGUGGUACUCCAAAAAGAAGUUGGGAAAGACACCAUUCCGGUGUUUCAAUUGCAAUCUGCCGAAACUAAGUGCGGUUGGCUUCCAAAGUCACAUUCGGUUCUGCGGGAAAGAACAUGAGAUGGAGAGCCUGAUGGCUACUUGCCAAGAAUGUGGGGCGACCAUGAAACCCUCCAGCCUGAGACCCCACAUGUACAUAAAACAUAGCACCAAAUCCAAGGCCGGCAGCGUCGACACCAGCUCCAUAAUUCCCAAGGUCAAACGAGCAGCAGCUUCCAAAGCCGAUGAAGUUCUACAGAACAGCAAAGAUGACCACGAACUUGAAGGCCAAUUAGAAGAUAAAUCUGAAGGUCAAUCCCAGUGGAGACCUAACUCUCCCCAGUUGAGGCAGAUGCAACACUUUUACAUAAAACCCAACAAAAUAAUACCCAAGGAAGAAACGGAGAGGUGGAAAACAUCACUGAGAGAGACCAAUGUUGUGACAUGCCGCCAUCCAGACUGUACAUUCUCGGCCAUCACAACUAUUGCCUUCCGCAAACACUAUUUCUCCUGUCCAUUCUUCCCACCCAAGUUGGUGUACAAGUGUCGCCAAUGCCAGUUUGUGAGCGAGGAGGAGGUAGCCGUUCAGGAGCACUUGAUGCAGGAACAUAGAGAACUGCUGCAGCCCUCACCCUCCUCUAGCAUAGAGUCUGGCUCAGAGUCUGACGAAGGCAGUGAUGAGGAGCGCACCAAGAUGCAGAAAUACCGUUACAAUUUGUCUUUGCCUUUCAAAUUUUUACAAAAUGGAUUCAUCAAGUACAAAUGUCGUUCUCACCCAAAGAGGUUCUUUUUCAGUGAUGCCCUGUUGUGGACAAAUAAGAUGAGGUGUGAGAACUUGACGAGUGAUGUACUGUUCCCUGAUGCUGUCGGAACUGCCAGAGCUCUAGCAGUGAGUCAGGUAUCUCAGUAUCUCCCCACUACCGCAUCUUCCAUCAAGUUCCGUGGAUCAGAUGGUUCCUGGCGCUCUCUUAACUGCUUCCAGGCCACUCUGGUUGACGGAGUGCCGGUGAUGUUUACGGGAGGCCCUGUGUGGGCAUGUGCUUGGGCUGCAGUACCAGACACGGAGGACAACCAGUACCUCGCCGUAGCCUCACACCCUGACAUGAACUUGACACAUGAGAUGUCAGCCGUCUACAGCUACCCCAGUGUCAUCCAAGUGUGGGCCGUUGGCCGGCUCGUCAAUUGCCUCCCAAAACCAGAGUCAGACAACGAACCACAGUUCCUGAUGGGAAUUGCCCACAGUAGGGGUGCAGUGUGGGGUCUGCAGUGGUGUCCCAGCGGCUGCUACCAGGACAACAGGCUGGGUCUGCUGGCUGCUGCGUGCUCAGACGGCAGUGUUGUCAUCUACAGCAUUCCACGACAUCAACCUACUUCCCAGCACAAAAUCUGUGAGAUGGAGCCGGUGAUGGAGUUGAAGCUUGGGUGUGAGAUGCUCUCUCAGUGCAAGUGUAUAGAGUGGCACACCGUAGCACCUCACAGCAUAAUAGUUGGAGGUUUCGCCAAUGGUAUGGUCGCACUGUGGGACUUGCACACUACUUCGCCUCUACUGCGUGAUGGGAAAGUGAUUUACCCUUUCAAAGUAUUUGAGGCCCACCUCUCCGCUGUUACUGCUGUAAGUUUGUCGCCCACCGCGGAGACUACAAGGGCUCACCUAAUGACAUCAUCACUAGAUCGGGCCACCAAGUUCUGGCGGCUGGACGAUACCACUGCGCCUGUAAACACCUUGCGCAAGGCUAGCGUCACCGAUGCAGUCAUGCCCAGCACUUGGAUGACAUCUAUCAAUGCCUUUGAUGAUGUAUACAGCACAAAUUCAACGCACAUCAUGGGCUACAGUUACCGAGAGACGUUUACUAGCAACAACACCAACUUUUAUCCUCAACUUGGCACCGUAUGGGGUGUCUCAUUUAAUGAGUGGAUCAAUGCCAUUGCAUGUGGGAGUGAGAUGGGAAAACUGACUGUACUGUUUCGCCGCCAACUCUUAGUCACUGAGGAUUCCAAGAAGGUCAAAUCCAAUUCAAUGAGAGAUGACCUGAUAAUGUGUUCCGUCCAACCCCUCAGUGACGUUAAGGGUAAUGUGGAGAUCGGUGAGAGGUACCAGGACUGUGUGAACAACGUAGGACUGGACAUCAGCUUUAAAGGGAAUGCCGGUGCAGUCAAAAAACCAACAGAAGCCAGUGUUGAUACAAUGGAAAAUUACCCAAUUCUCUCCAUAAACAAGGUCACGUGGAACACUAACUACAACAGUUUCACAUGGUUAGCAGCAGGACUACAGUGUGGACUGGUGAUGGCUCCUCACGUGACCUGCCUUCAGGCCAAUGAUUUGUCCGAGCUCUACCAGCAGCAUGAUGGACGAUAGCAGUAGAUCACUUACACCUUGUAUUAUAGUGUGUACAUAGCCUUGUUUUCAUAACAUGUAAAACAAUCACUUGUAUAGAAAAGAUUAAUAUAUUAAUUGAUUGUAAAUAGAAUAACUAUAGGAUAUGCCACUGUUGCAAUUUGUUUACAAUGUUGAUGGCAUUUUAAUUUUGCACUUUUAUUUCAUCACAUUUAAUACAGUGUUUUUAUUCAAGUAUCGUUCUGAAAAAGUAUCUAAAAUUUCAAAGAUUUUGAUUGAUUUAGAUGAUAGCGUAUGUCACGAAGAUAGAAGUAAAUUUGAUUUAAAAAUAUGAGGCAAAUAGGUUUAAUGAACUGAACAUGUUUACAAUUUUAAUUUUUGCUAGUUUGUUGCCAUUGAUAAAGCCGGGUUUGCUAGCAGUGGUAUAUUGCGACCAUUUCUGGGUGGUGUUAAAAUCCCUUUUUCCUCCCAAUGUUAAUGCUAAUUUGGCCAAACCUUGUUUCUUUACUGUUUUAUGACCUUACAACAACAGACUGUCAACACAGACUGUUACCUAAAUGAUAAUUGCUGUAUUUUCCAAAGAGAAAUAAAGGAUCUGUUAAGUAAUAAAUUAAUUUAUGCUUUCAUAAAUAAUGUUACUUGAUACAAAAUUACAAAAUAUUAGUUGUUAGGUUUUGCAUUAUGUCCAUACAAUAUAGAACGCCAGGGAAUUGAUUUGGAAAUCCAUACAAAAGUAUUUAAAAUUAUUUAUUACCAGUCUUGUGAAAUUUUGUUAAUUAAAAUCUGUAAGUGGAGGAAGAGACUUUAAAAUCACCUUUUAUCUUGUUUUGUGUAAAUAUAUGUAUCAAACAAUAUUUAUUAUUUGUUGUUUAACUUUAUAUUUUUUGUUACUCCAAUCAUUCAAAUUUGAAUGUUAGAUAUAACAUAAUUGAUUUUAUGUUUUGCACUCAAAAUGUAUAAAUGUAAACUAUUUGUACUGUUAAUUUUUAUUUGUUUUCUUUUUACAAUGAAAUUGUGAUAUUUUAAUAUUAGUCUAUUGUAUUUCCAGUUCCACUUAACAUGAAUGUGCAUUAGUUAUAUUUUUCUGGAUAAUGUAUUCUUAUUGUUUACUGAGAAAGUUAAUUUUAUUACAUCUACUGAUUACAAAUUGUCACAUUAUCUUUUGAUAUCUUGCGUACCAUUAUAAAUUCAUUAAGAUAUUGCUAAAACCUGGAUAUGUAACAAAUCUGUGGAUAUUUUGUUGAUUCAUAUUGUUGUGAACAGAGCUGAAAAAUAUACAUGGCUCUCAGAGAAA